AUGGCCUUCCAAGAGCGAGGGGCGGUGGUGCCGUCCAAUGAGCUGGACGCUACUUGGCGGGAAGUUAUAAAAAACUCCAGGCGCGGCACCUCCGCUCCCAGCGCUUCAGCAGCAGAAAGGCACGCUAUAGUCGGCAGGGGGAAGAGCAGCAGUAAGGCCCGCGCUAAGGCCAAGUCUCACUCGUCCCGGGCUGGGCUGCAGUUCCCGGCAGGGCGCGUUUACCGGCUGCUGAGGCGCGGGCACUACUCGGAGCGGGUGGGGACCACUUCGCUCGUACAUCUGGCGGCCGUGCUCGAGUAGCUGACCGCUGAGAUCCUGGAGCUCGCAGGCAACGCGGCACGCGUAAACAAGGAGCUGCGAAUCAAUCCCCGUCACAUAUAGCUAGCGGUGCGCAAUGAAGAGGAGCUCAACAAGCUGCUGGGCAGCGUUACCACCGCGAAGGGCGGCGUCCUGCUGCACAGGAAGGCCAGGAAGACGGGCAACGGAGAGCAGUCAUAGGAGUACGAGGCCGGCCGGCCGGCCCGCCCUCCCAACACGACACAAAGGCCCUUUUCGGACUCCACUGCCCAUCGGGAGAGCUGCGAUCCGCGGAGGAGGCGGGAGGAGGGAAGAGAACGAAAGAAGCCGUGGCCGGCCUUGCCUGCGGGGGGCUGUACAGGAACCGGCCCGGGGCCAGCGAAACACCGAGUGCGAGAGCUGCUCCGUAAAGGCCCGUUAAUUUAACUCUUACUUGCCUGUGGUACAUUCAGUGGACGUUGCCUAGGAAAUAAAACUGUUUUAUUUGCAAAA